AUGACCGAGAACUGUCCUAAACGGUUUCCACGCGCAGUCAGAAAAGGUCCUGAUGCUUUGUUCAACAACGAAUAUGCCACGGACGGAUCAAAUCUGCUGACACCGGAGAUAAUUGACGCGGCUGCCGAGUAUAUUCGGAUAAUAUGCAAAUCUACAAAAAAAAACCAAAGAAGUAAGACUGUGUACGAGAAUGAAGACGGGGCUGUGGCGAGGGCUGAUUUUCUUAAACCUAUCCUUGACCGUGGAUGGCUGUGCGGCACUGUCAUUGAGUGUUACUUGGCUGAGCUGAGAUUAAAAUUGAAGGAUAGGACAAUAUGCCCUGCAUGGAGGGCAAAUUCUAUAGUCGAAAAUCGACCGAGAAGGCAGCGAUGGAAAAAGAAAAACCUUGACACGACGGAUAUUGCAGAAAUAUCAAGUUGCUACGAAAGAUGCGAGCUGGAAUAUUUUGGCACUAACAAGGCUUAUUUCUCGGUUAACAUUUCCAAAUGCCACUGGGUCACCGUCGUCAUGCACAGUGACAAGAAGGAAUUUCAGGUGCUAGACUCGUUAUGGCGCCUUGAGCAGAGCAAGGAUUUUGUGGAAAAGCUGAGAGAAGAAAUCUUGAAGGACGUCGAGUUUGCGAACAAUGAGAUAUCAACAAAGAAGUAUCCAGACGUUUCGAAAUGGGAAAUUAAAAGAUACCCAAUACCUAUGCAAAGUGAUACGCACUCAUGUGGACUGUUCCUGUUAGCAUGUAUGGAGCACUGGGAUGGAGAUAAACUAACGGCCGAAUUUUCGCAGGAAACGAUAAACAAGAACAGGAAUAUGACUGCCGCCAAAAUUAUAAUGGCAGAAUCAAACAUGCACGAGAAGGCGAAGAAGGAUGUCCUUGACAUCGCGGCGAAAGCACGUGCGUAA